AUGCCUCCACCCCCAACAAUUCACACCGCAAUGCAUGCCCACCUCACCAACCGCCGUGCCAACUCCUGCCUCAGAAAACUUAGCCUCACACCUCAGGCCAGCAUUGAUUUCUCCUCCAACGACUUCCUCUCACUCACCUGCUUUCCUGUUCUCAAAACCGCCUUCCUCGCCGAACUAACCAACUCCCCAUCCUUCAGUCUAGGAAGCGGCGGCUCUCGCCUCUUAGAUGGCAAUUCGGCUUAUGCCGAGGAUCUGGAGAGGGAGAUUGCGGCUUUCCAUGGUGCCCAGGCGGCGUUGCUGUUCACUUCUGGUUUCGAUGCUAACGCGGGGUUCUUUGCCUGUGUACCGCAAACUGGAGACGUGGUGCUGUUCGAUGAGUUUGUCCAUGCUAGCGUCAGGGAAGGAAUGAAGUUAUCGAGAGCGGGGAGUUGUGUAUCUUUUGCUCAUAAUUCAGUAGGUGAUUUAAGAGCGAAGAUUGAGGGGUUAAGGGCAGAUGAGAGGAUUAGGGUGGGGGAGAGAAAUGUGUUUGUGGCGAUUGAGUCGCUGUAUUCUAUGGAUGGGGAUUUGUCUCCCAUUGAGGUAAUUUUGGAGUUGGUGGAAGCGCUGUUACCGAAGGGAAAUGGACAUGUGGUCGUGGAUGAGGCGCAUUCUAAUGGGAUUUAUGGGGCGCAGGGGAGAGGAAUUGUGAGUAGUCUUGGACUGGAAGAUAGGAUUUUUGCUCGGCUCCAUACUUUUGGGAAAGGGCUGGCUUGUAAUGGAGCCGCCAUGCUUUGCACGCCUUUGACGAGAGAGUAUUUGAUUAACUAUGCAAGACCGCUGAUAUACAGCACGGCAAUGUCUUUCCCAAGUCUAGCUGCCAUCAAAGUGGUCUAUACACUAAUGACACAGGGAGGGACUGAGUCCCGCAUCAUUUACCUCAACCAACUCAUCGAACACAUGUAUCACCAACUAACCACUUUAUUACCAUAUACCAAACAUCCACUCACAGGAGGCCAGCUCCUCCAACUUCCCAAUGAAAUCCCACGUUCUCCAAUUUUUGCACUUCUGACUCCAGAACCGCGAGGUCUGGCAGGGUAUUGUCAAGAUGGCGGGUUUAUGGUGCGAGCAAUUGUUCCUCCAACUGUACCCAAAGGUACGCAGAGAGUUAGAAUUUGUUUGCACGCAGGGAACACUUUUGAUGAUGUGGAAAGGUUGGUUAUUAGGAUUAAGAGCUGGUUAGAAAUCAGAGGAAAUGUUGGGGGUGGAGACGAGGCGAGUGUGGGGUUUGGAAAAGCUGUGUUGUGA